GCCAAAAUCCCUUCCUCCAAACCAGCAGCAAACACACAAAACCUUGAAGAGACGAGAACCAGAGAGAGAUCAGAGAAGAGGAGAGGGGAAGAUGAAAGACGGCGCCGACGGGCAUCACUGCCGCCGCGCCGUCAUGUUGCCGUUGUAGGAGAGGAAGCCGCGAGCCAUAGCCACGUGACGGAGGAGAGAGUGCGUGCGCAGGGGAAGAAAGAGCCACCUAGAUCGCUGCCACCGCGUUGCUCGGGACCGUCGCAUCCUCGCCGCCAGCUUCGUCGGAUUUAACCGUCAAACCCUCUUUGCCGCCGCCGUUGGAAUCGCGAACAGGAGAGGGAGAAGAUGCGAGCCAUGGCCGGAGGGGAGAAGACGUCGUGUCUGGUAGCUGCCGUCGUGUUGCCGCCGUCGUCCUUGUCAUAGAGUCAGUCGCCGCCACUUAUGGUAGUCAGAGAGAGAGAACUCGAGAACAGAGGAGAGAAAGAGAUCUGGGACAGAGCUGGGAUGCAACCACCGUGCCCAGCCGCUGUUCGUGUCGUAGGCGUCGCCUUCGCCGGAGUCGCCAUCACCGUGACCUUGUUGUUUCGGGUCAACCAUGUCUCUGCCUCUGAUGUACCUUGUCAUGCUAUAUCCAUUGGAACUGCAGUGGUUGGAGCUUGUUAUUAGAGAAAGCAAUGUGCCGCCACCGCCUUCUAGUCUGGUCAGCAUCAUCCUCUUUGUUCCAGUUCCAAUGCCAAUUUCUGUUUCUUAAGCCUUUGUCGAUUUAUCUCCUGAGCAAUCACUAUUGGUGUUGAGAUCGUUACUGUUGCUACUACUAGAGUUGUGGGUGAUGCAGCAGCCGUUCUGAUCAUUGAGUAUAGCACAGUUGUUGCCAAAACCACCGCCGAGACUACCGCUGCUUGAUUUAGCCGUUCUUUCUUUGUUUUGUAGUUAUAUGUUGCGAUUAGAGUUGCUGUGGUUACUGCGAAAGUGGCUUGGAGCUGAGGUUGCGGUUGCCGAUGAUUUCGGGUUGAGAGGAAAGGUUCUAUUGGCGCAUUUGGUUUAUGUAUUCCACGAGUCGAGGAAAAUAAAUAUAAUAUAUAGUUGAGGAUGUGGAAGUUGAAGAUAGCAGAAGGAGGAAAGAACUUGGUCUCAGGGAACAAUUUCAUAGGAAGACAACAUUGGGAGUUUGAUCCAAAUGCAGGAACACCUGAAGAACGUGCCGAGGUUGAAAGACUGCGCCAAGAAUUCACUAAAAAUAGAUUUUCCAUCAAACAAAGCUCUGACCUCUUAAUGAGGAUGCAGCUAAGAAAGGAGAACCAGUGUAGCGCAAUGGCAGAAGCAGUGAAAGUGGGAGACAAGGAAAAUGUAACAGAAGAAGCACUGAUUACAACAAUGAAAAGGGCUCUCAGUUUCUUUUCAUCCAUUCAAGCCCAUGAUGGCCACUGGCCUGCUGAGUCCGCUGGCCCUUUAUUUUUCCUACAACCUUUGGUAAUGGCACUCUAUAUUACAGGAUCCCUUGAUUAUGUUUUAGGACCAGAACAUAAAAAAGAAAUCAUUCGGUAUUUAUAUAAUCAUCAGAACAAAGACGGUGGUUGGGGGUUCCAUAUAGAAGGUCACAGCACAAUGUUUGGAUCAUCAUUGAGUUACAUUGCUUUGAGAAUACUUGGGGAAGGACCCGAAGAUGGUGAAGAUAUGGCAAUGGCUAGAGCUAGAAAAUGGAUCCUUGACCAUGGUAGUUUGCUGGCUAUUCCAUCGUGGGGCAAGUUUUGGGUCACGGUGCUUGGGGUUUAUGAAUGGUCGGGGUGCAAUCCACUAGCACCAGAGUUUUGGCUUCUACCCAAAUUUGUUCCUUUUCAUCCAGGAAAAAUGUUGUGCUAUUGUCGGUUGGUUUAUAUGCCAAUGUCAUAUUUAUUCGGAAAGAGAUUUGUGGGAACUAUUACCGGCUUAAUCAAAUCUUUGAGAGUAGAAAUGUACAAUGAACCUUACGAACAAAUCAAUUGGAAUAAAGCUCGAAAAAAUGUUGCAAAGGAGGAUCUAUACUAUCCACAUCCUUUGAUCCAAGAUUUUUUAUGGGAUUUUCUCCAUCAUGUGGGAGAGCCUUUGCUAAAUUGUUGGCCUUUUUCUAAGCUUAGAGAAAAGGCAUUAGAAAUUGCAAUUAAUCAUGUACGAUAUGAAGAUGAAAACAGUAAAUACCUUUGCAUUGGAAGUGUCGAGAAGGUUUUGUGUUUGAUUGCGCGUUGGGUUGAAGAUCCUAAUUCAGAGGCCUACUAUCUUCAUUUAGCUCGAAUUCCAGAUUAUUUUUGGCUUGCCGAAGAUGGCUUGAAAAUUCAGAGUUUUGGUAGUCAAAUGUGGGAUGCAGCAUUUGCUAUACAAGCAAUACUUGCUUGUAAUCUAAGUGAAGAGUAUGGACCUACACUUAAAAAAGCUCACCAUUUUGUCAAGGCUUCACAGGUUAGUGAAAACCCUAGUGGUGACUUCAUGGCAAUGUAUAGACACAACUCAAAAGGUUCAUGGACAUUCUCAAUGCAUGACCAAGGUUGGCAAGUCUCUGAUUGUACAGCUGAAGGAUUACAGGCUUCACUCCUAUUAUCAGAAAUGUCAACUGAUCUAGUUGGAGAAAAAAUGGAACCAGAGAGAUUUUAUGAUGCUGUUAAUGUCAUUCUUUCUCUACAAAGUACUAAUGGCGGUUUUCCCGCUUGGGAACCUUCUAAAGCCUACCGUUGGUUAGAGAAAUUCAAUCCAACAGAAUUCUUUGAAGACACUCUCAUUGAGAGGGAGUACGUAGAAUGCACAGGAUCAGCAAUGGAAGCCCUAGCUCUGUUUAGAAAGCUAUAUCCAAACCAUAGAAGAAAAGAAGUUGAUCAUUCUAUUGCCCAAGCAAUCCGCUACAUUAAAAACACACAAAAUCCUGAUGGCUCAUGGUAUGGUUGUUGGGGUAUUUGCUAUACCUAUGGAACUUGGUUUGCUGUAAAGGGACUGAGAGCAUGUGGAAAGAACUAUCAAAACAGUGCUUCAUUGCGCAAAGCAUGUCAUUUUUUGUUGUCAAAGCAGCUUCCUAACGGUGGUUGGAGUGAAAGUUACUUAUCAAGUCAAAACAAGGUGUAUACUAAUGUAGAAGGCAAUGAAGCAAAUUUAGUUCAAACUUCAUGGGCUUUGUUAUCUCUUAUUGGUGCAGGCCAGGCUAAGAUUGAUCCAACACCUAUACAUCGUGGAAUAAAGAUACUAAUCAAUUCACAAAUGGAAGAUGGAGACUUCCCACAGCAGGGAAUAACGGGAGUGUUUAUGAGGAACUGUACCCUAAACUACUCAUUAUAUACAAACAUGUUUCCCAUAUGGGCUUUGGGAGAGUAUCGCCGCCGAGUUUUAUAUGCCUGAAACUAAGAAAACUACAAGAUUAUGAUGAUAUAUAUGUCAAACAUGACUCACAGAAGAGGAAGAGUGCGAAUCUUGACGAUUUGCAUUUUGACUGAGGAAGAAGAGGAAGAGUGCGACAUAAUAAACGUGUGCGUUGGACGCUCGAUUUUAAAGGAGUGGUGCGUGUGUUUUUUUUUUUUUUUGACUUGGGCCAACUUGUAUAACUUGUGAGCCAAA